AUGGAUGCUCCGUCGUGGCAUCCGGCCAACCAAAAUUUAGAUGCGGUGCGAAAAGUGGCAAUGAACAAUGGGGAUCCGGGACUAGCACGAACGACGUAUGUGGUGGUAGACACGUCUACGGAGGCAGAGCGUCAGAUGGUGGCUACAGCAGAAGAGAACGUCGUGUUAGGAGGCGGACGAGGGCUCCUGGACCCAUCGGAUCGCAUGUACCUAGCGGAGCAAACGCAGCUGAAGUUGCAAGCUCAAAGCAAAGAGCAGGUGGAACGUUAUGCUGCGCUCCAGACGUUCCGUUCGAGCGCUCUUCAGAUGCAAGCGCACAAGACAGAGGUCACUCUGCCGAUCACUAGUAACGCGAAGCCGUCGAUGUUUGCGAAUGAUCAGAAGAAAGCAGUGGUGAUAAUAAAAGCAAAGAAGAGGCGGAUGAAUUUAAAGGGGAAGGAGAUAAACCCCAAGAAGUUUCGGUCUACCGUGAAAAGUGUUGCUGUUUCUAGCGACGAGAAUGCUGUCAAAGCUGAUAAGAUGGAUACACAGGACGUUGGAACAAAAUGCGAUGCAACACAGAUAUCAAAUCCUCUGAAAAUAGCACAUAGGACGGCACUGCUGCUGCAAGACUAUUCGAGUAGCAGCGACGAUGAGUAA